AUGGACCCUUCUGACUCAAUGGUUUGUAGACAAUAAUUGUUUAUAUAAAUAUUGUUGUAUACUUGUAUAUGUCCACGUUAUUUUAUUCAUUAUUUUCCUAAUUCCUUGCACAAGUACCAACAACCACUUUCUUGCAGUGUAUCAAUUUUUUAUUUCUUGAUUUUAUCUGAUUAUUCUAAAUAAUAAAUGUAUUAUUAUUGUAAAUGGGUUUUUUAGGCGUCCAAAGAAACAGUUGUGAAAAUGGAGAAGAAUCCAGAUUCUGGAAGUGAUUUCGAUGAUGAUGAUGAUCCGGACAAAACGGAAGUUCCAGGUAAUUAGAUUGAAAUAUACUUAUAUAAUCAACUCCUGUACCUAUUUUUGUUUUGUGUUCUAUACUUUUUCUACUAAUACUAAUAGAUAUUGUUUGUUUAUAGAUUAUUUUUUUUUCACCAAUUAGAUUCUGAUGCAUUUUUAAAUAUUUUCUUAUCAAUUGGUGUUUGUUUUCAAAAUAACUACCUAUCAUAAUAUUUUAAAUUAAAACCAUACAGAUUUGUGCUCAAAUGUAUAAUAUACUUAUUUGUAAUUAUUGAUUAUUUUAGAUUUUUCUAUAUACAUAUUAACUGUUUUUUUUCCAAUUGUUUUACCACAGAAAGUUCUUAAUUUUUAAUCCUGCAGUAGUUUACUUAUAGUGCCUCAGCAAAUUUUUAAAGUUUUAAAAAUAGAAAUUCUUAUGGAUUAUGUUAUUGUUGGCUUUAUAAAUAGGAAACCUCUGCAACUGUUUUCAAUAUUUUGAAAUUUGGUCCCAUUAUCCAUAGUUAGAACCUGUAUAGUUUAUGAAAGCAGGUUAAUAAUUAAAAAUUGGUUUAAAAAAACAUUGUAGUUAUUUAGUUGAACAUUUUUUAAAUUUUGUAGGUUAUUAAACCAAUAUUUUCAGUCAUCAAGUUGUGAUUUAAUUUAAUUUAUUAAUUGUUAGCUACAAUUAGGUAUAUUUUUCCUAAAAAAUAUACCUACUUGUUAUAUUUAUAUAAAUAGUUGUUAAUAUUUCUACAUAGUAUUUAGUACUUUUACUAAAUAAAUAAAUUUUAGUUAGUUGUUCUUAAUAGACAGAUCAUAGUAAGAUAACCCUCUUAUUAUUCUACCAAAAUGUCCAAAUUGUCUAAAUUUUGAGUUGUUCUGAUUGAAAUAAUACAAUUUAAGAAGAAAAUUACUAACAAUUAUUUUACGUUCAGCUUGUAAACUGUAGGUAGACAACAAAAAUAAUAAUCAACGUGUUUUUAAGAAUGGGGUUUACUAUUGAUUACAUAAAAAGAUCAAAUUUGAUUAUGAUUUGUUUCAUGAUACUUGUAUCAAUUUGUAUAUAUUUAUAAUUUAUACUGGUUUGAUUUUUGGUAAUUUGUACCUUAUGGGCUGUGAUUCAUUAUCAGCACUCAACAGUAUAUAAUACCUACGGUUUAUUACUUUAUGUUGACAUAAUUUUCUGUGAGUUUUCAGUUAAAUCAUUCUAGCCAUGAGUGUUGUUAGUUCUUUGUUUCUUUGUUUCUUUUUUAAUUUUUUAAUUUUGAAAAUCGCAGAAAUAAUUAAAUUACAUAUAAAUGAAUCAAAAUUGUGUUUAAACAGAUAUGCAUAUAGCAUAUACCUUACAGUAUAAAUUAGCUUCCACAGUUGUAGGCAUUUUGUAAAAUACAAUUUAUUAAAUUAUAAUGCUAUUAGGUAUUAUUUAAGGUAAUAUUAUCAAGUAAUGAUUUUCUUUCUUUAUGUCAAAUAUAUAGGUGUAUAGUUAAAAUAUAAUUGUAUAGAAUGUCGAACACAAAUAAAUCAUAUAGAUUUAAAUGAUUAUUUAUUUGAUUUAAUUUUCACAUCAAAAGUAUUUGAAUUUAGUUCUACUUAAAAUGUUUUUUCCUUUUGAUGUUUUUAUCUAGAUUCAGUCCUAGCUACUUAAAACGUUAGCUAUAUCAUAAUUGGUUUGUUUAUUUUGUGUUUCCCUAUCUUUAAUUAUUUGUUUUUAUUUUAAAGCCUUUUAGUUUAUAUCAUACUUAAUUAGUUACUGUACUUACUUAAGGUUAGGAAUGAAGACUAUUUCAAGUAUUAAUAAUAAUAUACCUUAUUAAAUCACAAAAGUCGAAGUGAAAUCUCGAAAACUGUGAAUGUAGUCACUUUUGAGAAAUAUAUCUUUCAUUGAAAAAAAUGUAUAAAAUUAUAGUUUAAAGAUAUUGUUUUAUUUUAUAUUUUGAGUUAGGGUAAAUAACAUAAAAAGUUAAACUAUUUUUAAUCAAUAAAUAUGUAAAUAAAAAAUUUUCAUAUUAAUUAUUAUUAUUUUAUGUAGUAAGUGUAUAAUCUACUUACUUACAACACUCAAUACAAAAUUAUAUUAUGUUAAUAUACACUCUGCACUUUUGUCGUUAAAAAUAGAAAUUAAAAAUGCAAUUUUGAUUUAUAAAAUAUGCUUACAUAUUUAUAUAUAUAUUUUUUUUUUUAUUUCAUUGGUACCUAUAAACUAUAUAAAUAUCAUUCUUUUGAAAAUAAAAUGAUGUAUUCACCUAUCUAAAUAAUUUAUUAUGUCUAUAAUUGCUAUGAGAUCAUUUGCCAUGUAGUUUAAUUUAAGUUCCAAUAGAUUGUGUGAUAUUUCCUAAAUACUUACAUUUUUUUGAUAUUGUUCGUUAAUUGUUUUAUUAAAAUUGAAAUUCAUUGUUGUAACAGGUUCAUUUUAUUUAAAAUGUAUAUGCAAUUAAUUUUUAACUAUGAUAAGUAAAAUAUUUGUAUCGAUGAAUUGUAAUUAUUUAUUGAUAUUAAUUAGAGAGCUUGGAUAAUAAAAAAAUUACAAUACCAUUUUUCAUAUAAACUUUUCCUUUUGUCUUUAUGUUUUCAAUUUAAUUUUCAUAAUUAUUGUUAUAUUUUGCUUCAUAUCAAAUUGUAUAUUUUAUAAUUUGCAGUGUUAUAAUUUUGUAAUAAUUUAAUUUCAAACAUAACAAAGGUGGCAAAAUAAUUGCUUUAUCACUCUUUUAUUAUCUAGGCUUUCUAGUAUGUUUAACCAUAAUAUACAAUUUUAUCAAUUCCUGAUAUAUUUUUAAUUUUGCAAACAAAAAUAAUAAUUUAUUUAUUUAUCAGGUGGAGGAAAAGAUUUAGCAACAGCAGCUACUAUUAAGACACCAUUUAUAGAUGAAAAACCACCCAGUACCAGUAUUAAUCCUAAUUUAGUUAAACCUUCAGAACCACCUUUAAAAAUGAACACAAAUAAUAUGGGUAAUUUUUAAUAAUUAUUUUAUAUUUAUUACCUUUAGAAAAUUUAAUAUUUUGUUUAAAAUUAAAAAAAAAAUUAUAUUUUCAUUUUUUAGAUAGGAAUUUUGCCAUUUUUUUUUUUUAUAUAUUUAUAUUAAUGUGUUACACGCUUAACCUUAUAUAAUGUGACAUUUUUAAAUAUGCAUUAUAUUAUUAAUAUUUGUAUAUAUGUAUAUAAAGAAUAGUCUAUAAUGUUGGAUGUUUAUUAACUUAGAAAGUAUUAAUAUUUUUCGCAUUUGGUGAAAUUGUAAGAAACAAACUGGUCUAAAAUAAUUCAUGGCAGUUAUCUUUUUUUCACUCUUAUUUUUGGAGGUAAACCACUACUUUUGAUUUUAAAUAAUAAAAAUUCCAUAAAUAUAUGAAGUAUUAGUUUGAAUUAAUUUUGAUAUUGAAACUUAAUUUAUGUCAGCCCGUUGGUAUAAUAUUCUACUUUAAAGUUUGUGGUUUUGUUAACAGGGGAAAAGUAGUAGAGCAUCAGUUGUAUGGUAGCACAGCAUUUGAAUAAUGAUACCCACCACUUUCCCCUGCUAAUAAAACUAAAAACUUAAAAAUGGAACAUUUAGUCAGUAGGUUGACAUGAAUUAAACAAUUUCAAUACCAACAUUUAUUUUACCUUUAUUCAUUUAUAGUGUAAUUUUUUUAUAGAUUAAUAUUAUAAAACAUAAAUGGAUAGUGAUUUCACAUUUGAAAAUAAAGUCACAAAAAAUAACAGUCAUUUAUUAUUUUAACUUGGUUUGUUACAAUUUCAAAAAAAAACUACAAUAGUCUAGUCAAACAUAUUAAUACUUUUUGAAAUAAUGAUAAUUUUACAUUAUGUUGAUCACUUUUAUAUCUUUUUAAAUAAUUAAUUUUUUUUUUUAAUUUUAAUGUAAAUUUUUUAUUAUUUAUGUUUAUACAUUUAUAAGUGAAUUGCAUGUGUAAAUUUAAAUUGAUUAUUAUUCAGCAGGCUAUGCAAAAAACAUGGGAGGUAUGCCCAAUUGGAUGGGUACAAUGAUGGGAAAUCCUUUCAUGAAUUUGGCACAAGGAUCUUCAAAUAUGAUGUUUCCACAAAAUAUGCCAUAUCCAGGAAUGAUGCCCCCCAAUAUAAAUCAAAAUCAAUUUUUACAAGGUUUAGAUCAUUUUACUAAUAAUUAUAAGUAAAACAUUAUUCAUACUUAUAUAUGUUAUUAAUUUAGGCAUGGGUGGUGGUGGCGGAUCAGCAGGAAUGAUGGAUAGUAAUGCUGCUACCAAUUUUCUUUUACAAGCAUUAAUGAGUAAUGGGGGCAAUAAUGCUGCCUUAAUAUCACAAAUAUUGAGUUCAGGAAGUCCAGCUGCAUCAAUGUUAUUACAGAAUAUUAUGCAACCACCAUUUCCCCAACAAAGUUUUCCAUUGGGUCCUAAAAACGUUGCUCCAUAUUGGUUUAAUCAGACAAUGAAUAACAAAGUAAUUAAUAUUGUUUAUUAAAAAAGGUAUUAGAACUUAUAAUAUUUGAUUAGUAAAUAAAUUGUAUUUUAAACUACAGUUUUUGGUAGGUAUUAUUAAAUUAAUAUUUGGUGCAUUGAAUGUAAAAUGCAAACUUUCUGAUGACAAUAUUAAUUCUAGUUUAACUCCUAAGUGACUUGAAAUUUAUCCCCUCCCCUCAAAAUUAUGUCUAUAUAUGUACAAAAAAGGUUAUGUAGAUUAACUUACUUUAAUUUUAAAGAUUUGAAGCUGAAUAACAUUUUAUUAAGAGGACACUGCUAUCUACCAUCUCACUCUUAUAAACAUGCAAUAUAACAGAUUUGUGUUCAGUAGGAUAAAUUUUGUAUCAUUAAAUUUAAUAUUAAAAUGAAUUUACCUAUUACCAAACUUAAAGGUAAGAAGAUUAUCUGUGUCCUAGUGUUGAUGUUUUUUUGAUAUUGUAAUUUUUAAGCUAGAUAUAAGUGAAAGAUCACAAUUUAAAAAUGAUUAUAUAUCUCUUUAAAUGUUUCCAAAAAUUAAUUUAUUUUUAACUUUUUAAAAGGGUUUAAUAUUUAUUAGAUCCUAUAAUAUAUUUAUAUGAUUUACUUUCAAGACAAUGAAUCAAAAAACAGUCAUUAAAUUAGGAAGGUUUUAAUUAUGAGACAAUAUUAAAAAUUUAAAAAAAAUGUAAAUUUUGUUUUAUUUUUAUAAGUUUCCACUAUUGUAAUAACAAAUUAUGAGUUGUCGAAAUAACAGAAUUGGUGCUGUGGCAUCAGACUCUAGUAUAGAUCUUUGACUUUUUACCACUUAUAAAUUGUGACCAUUUAAUUUUUUAAAAUUGACAAAUAUUUGAUUAAUAUUAAUCUAUUAUAUUAAUUUAAAUAAAAGAUUUUUUCAUAUUUUUGGCAAGUCAUCAAACUAACGCCGUAGCCUUUUUAUUUGUGUUCCACUAUAAUUCCCCCCCCCCUACCAAAACUUAAAACUGGAAUAUCUCGUUGACAGAAACCAAAAAUUCUAACACCAACAUUUAUUUAAAGUAAUACUCCAUCUAUUUAUGGACGUUUUAAUAUAGGUUGCCAUUUGAAAACCAAAAGUAGGAAGUUGUUAACCCCCACCAAAAAAGGGUGACAAUGUUAAUAGCAAUGUAACAUUUUAGAACUGCUUGAUUUGAUUUUUAAAUUGCCAAAAAAGUGAAUACUUUUCAAGAUAAUGAUUGUCUUUUGAUAGGUAUCAUCCUGUAUAUUAGUAUAUUACUUAUAAAUUUAUACAUAAAAAUCAAAAAAGUUGAAAAUUAGCCAGACGCUCCCAAGAAAUGAACAUCAUUUCAUUGAUAAAUGUAUAUGUAAUCGAAAAGAUCAUAACCUGACAAGGUGGGGGAACUAAAUAAAAAAUUUAAAUUUGACUAUAAUUUUUUUAAAAUAUUUAAAUAUAUCCAUUUUCGUAAAAUAGUGUUUUAGAAUAUUUUUGCGAUUUGAAACAUUUAUUUCGAUAAUUUUUAAAGGUUUAGCAAUUAAUGUGAAUCAAUCAAUCAAUGUAAUUUAUAAUCUAUUAUAAUAUUUAAUCAGUAGUCAAAGCUAUUAUUGUAUGAUAUUAAUUCAAUAAAAAGAAAUUUCUUGUCAUUUGAUGUGCUCUGAUAUUAACUGUAGCACGAAUUCAUAUUAAUUAUUUUUAAAAUAAAUAUUGAUUAGGAUAAAAGUGUCGGAUCAUUGACACCUGUGUACCUUUAUUGAAUAUUUUGGAGCAUUGAUUAGGUAUAAUUACCUAUAUUGGUUGCCCUUAAAUUUUUAAAAUUAAAUUAUAAAUAUAAAACAAUAACACUAUAUAUUAACAUUGAUUAUAGGUAUUUAUAAUCAAUGUUGGAACAGCAAAUAAAUAUUAUGAUUUAUUAUUAUCCUGGGAUUUCCCGAAUUGAUAAAACUAUUUCGUUUAGUGUAAGAAGUAUGUUAUCUUUGUUGCCAUUCAUAAAGUUUGUACUUAUUUUGUUUUCUGCCUUAGUUCAUAUCACAAAUUUGUAUAUAAUAUUAUUUUUUUCAUAUUGUGUAACAAUUACAAAUUCAAGUGAUUAUUACAAUUACACGAUUGGUUAAAAUGAAUCUAAUCUAAUUCUUAUUUCUAAAAAAAGAAGAACGUACUAAAAAAAAAAUUACCGAAAAUAAAGAAAAAUGCUAUGAAAGAGUUACAAUUUCAAAAUUGAGUUUAAAGUUUUUGACUAAAUUGCAAUAUUUGUUGGACACCACAGAAUGUCUUACAAAGAUUUGACAAAUGCAAUAACUUUGAUUUUAUUAAAUAUUUUUUUAAUAAUUGUUUUUACAAAAUCCAAGAGUAAUUUUCUUACAUAUAUUUUUAGUUUAUUGAUAAUUACUGAUAUUACAGCACAAUAAUAUUUACUCAAUAAAUGAUAUACUGGUCUUUUCAAAUACCAGUGACUGACCGGUAUACUGAAAAUUUCACCAGCUUUAUUGAAAGCUAUACAAAAUUGUGUUUGAUGCGUUAAAUUUUUGAAAACUGAUUAUGUUCUUUACUAGGAUAUCAUACAAAUAUAAAUUAUUUUGUUGGAAAUCUUGAAAAAAAAAUUGAAACAAUUUCAUAAUUAUAUUAGAUUUUUUACUUUUACUCAUGAGUAGUUAUGACAAUGUAUUCUAAUAAAAUAUCUAAAGAAUUAUAAUACUUUUUCAAAAUUUAAAUCUUUCAAAACACAAUUGUGUUUUCUAUAAUUUUGAACAACUGUCAAAAAUUCCCUUAUUAGAAAUAAGUAUUACUUUUAAUUAUUAUCAAUAUGCAAUAUAAGUUUUAUAUGGAUAGGGAGUUUAAAUGUUGGUAAUCUUAACAUUUAAUUAAGAGAAUAUCAUUAUUGAAUAUUAUAAUAUAUUAAUUAAAAUGGUAAUUCAUCUAGAUGUCUGCAGCUGGACGUUCUGGAGAAGCUGAGGAAGAAGAAAAUGAAGACGAGGAUAUGGGAGUAGCUGAAACAUAUGCUGAUUAUAUGCCUGCCAAAUGUAAAUAAUAUAAUUAAUUUUGUCCAUAACAAAUAAUUGUUUUUAAUGUCUUAACUUAGUGAAACUUGGUAAGAAGCAUCCUGAUCCAGUAGUGGAAACUGCAUCACUGUCAAGUGUUGAACCAGCUGAUGUGAAUUAUGAAUUAUCACUUCCCAUGGAAACAAUAAAUUCUGGAUCACUUUCUGCUCUUCAAUUAGAAGCUAUUACUUAUACAUGCCAACAACACGAUCAUGUAUUACCAGAUGGUUCUAGAGCUGGUUUUUUAAUUGGUGAUGGAGCUGGUGUUGGUAAAGGUCGAACUAUAGCUGGUUUGAUAUUUGAAAAUUAUUUAAAAGGCCGCAAGAAAGCUAUUUGGGUUUCAGUUUCUAAUGAUUUGAAAUUUGAUGCUGAACGUGAUUUAGAAGAUAUCGGAACAUCUAAUAUUAAAGUGUAUUCUCUGAAUAAGGUAUAACUAUUAAUUAUACUAACAAUUUUUGAUUUUUAUACAAAUAUUUGGCUUUGCAGUUUAAAUAUGCUAAAAUUAAUUCUCCAACAAACGGAAAUGUAUCAAGAGGAGUUAUAUUUUCUACCUAUUCAGCUCUUAUCGGUGAAUCUAGCGGUGGUGGUAAAUAUAAAAGUCGUUUAAAACAACUACUGAACUGGUGUGGUGAUGAUUUUGAUGGAGUUGUAUCCUUUAAAUAUUUUAUUAAUUAAUGUAUAUCAUUCAUUGGUUUUAUCAAACAAAAUAUAUUUUCAAAAAUGCAUAGUAUUAUUCUUUAAUUGUAAAUAUUAGAUUGUUUUUGAUGAAUGUCAUCGUGCUAAAAAUCUUUGCCCAGUUGGCUCUACAAAACCGACAAAAACUGGAUUAACAGUACUUGAAUUACAAAAUAAGCUACCUAACGCUAGAGUUGUUUAUGCAUCAGCUACUGGUGCUUCAGAACCUCGAAAUAUGGCUUACAUGGUUCGCCUUGGUAUGUGGGGACAAGGGACAACAUUUCCAGAGUUUCUUGAUUUUAUUAAUGCAGUUGAAAAACGGUAAUACACCUUUAUUGACAGCAUAGAGCAAUAUUAAAUUUAUUUUUUUGUUUAGCGGUGUUGGUGCUAUGGAAAUAGUAGCCAUGGACAUGAAACUUAGAGGCAUGUAUAUUGCAAGACAGUUAAGUUUCCAUGGGGUAUCUUUUAAAAUAGAAGAAGUACCAUUAUCACCGGCCUUUACCAAUGUAUAUGAUGAUGCAGUCAAAUUGGUAUAUCAAAAUGUUUUAAAUAAUUUUUGAUUUUGUGUAUACAUAUUAAAAAAGUUUUGUUUAUUUUAGUGGGUGGAUGCUAUGCACAUGUUCCAAGAAGCAGCAGAAUUGAUUGAUGCAGAAAAUCGUAUGAGAAAAACUAUGUGGGGACAGUUUUGGUCUUCCCAUCAAAGAUUUUUUAAAUACUUGUGUAUUGCAGCUAAAGUUAAGCACGCAGUUGAUGUAGCAAGGUAAAUUUUGUUUAAGAUUAUAAUAUUGUUAAUUCGUUCUCAUUUUGCAAUUUUAACUAUUUAGAGAAGCAAUUAAACACGGAAAGUGUGUAAUUAUUGGUUUACAAUCUACUGGAGAAGCACGAACUCUUGAACAACUUGAAAAAGAUGAUGGGGAAUUGACAGAUUUUGUGUCCACUGCCAAGUAACCUAUUUAUAUUUUAUAUAUUAUGAUAAACAUUUAUUUUGCAUCCUAAAUGUAUACUACAAUGCUGUUCAAAUGAGUCUAAGUUUGGGUGUUUGGGUAAGGAAAAGGAAACAUGUAAUUUAAAAUUCAAUUUUUUCUAUAGGGGUGUAUUGCAAUCUUUGGUUGAAAAACAUUUUCCUGCACCAGAUCGUAAUAGAAUAAAAAAACUACUUGGGAAUGUUGGUAUUGAAUUAAAGCAUUCCAAAACACACAAUGGUGACACUCAAGGACCUAGUAGCUCGGGGGGAAGUCGAGAAAAAAGAAAAUCUGGUAUAUAUUUUUUAAUAGUAUAUAGAUUUCAUAAUCUUUAUUUAACUCAUCUUUUAAUUUGUUUGUAAUUAUACCAGGUCGACAAGCAACUUCAAGAAAUGUAAAACGUAUCAAAGAUUCAAGUGAUUCCGAUUCAAAAUCUGAUAAUGAUGAUUCAGAUUUUAAAAUGUCAGAAUCUGAAUCUGAAAUAAGUGAAGAACAUAGUGAUGAUUCUGAAGCGAGUAGUGACUUUAAUCCAUUUGGUGAAGACGAAACAGAUAGUGAUGGUAAAAUAAAAAGGUUUUUUUAAUGUAUUAAUUUUAUUGUAAAAUAAUGAAAUUUUUCUUAUUUAGAACCAUGGGCUGGAGGCAGAGGAAAAAAACGGAAAAAUAAAGUUCCUGCCAAAAAGAAACAAACAGCAAAAGACAAAAUUCAUCAAAUUGUAUUAAAAUCGAGUUUGGCCAAUAACAGCCACCAAAAAGAUGCAAUUGAUCGCGCUUGUAGUAUGAAAGAAGAAUUAAUGGAAAGAAUUGAACGAUUGGGUGAUAAAUUGCCACCAAAUACUCUUGAUCAACUUAUUGAUGAACUUGGUGGACCAGAAAAUGUUGCAGAAGUAAGUCUAAUUUAAUUGGAACAUAGUUUUACUUGAUUUUUAUGAUGUUUUAUUUAUUUUAGAUGACUGGAAGGAAAGGAAGAGUUGUUCAAACUGACGGUGGUAUACAAUAUGAAUCUCGUUCUGAAGUUGAUGCCCCUCUGGAAACAUUAAAUGUUAUUGGUAAAUCAAUCAUGAUUUAUAUACUGAAUUAAAAUUAUAAUUUUACUUUAUAACUUAUGAUAAGCACUUCCAAAUUGUUUAUACUAUCAUUUUUUAAAUAUCCAUAAUUCUAAUGUAAUGACUACAUCCUAGUCGUUAUGAAAUAGUUUGAUAGUAACUAAACUAUUUGGUCAUGCCUAUCGUUAAUUAAAAUAUACAUUUUAUAAAUAGAGUAUUGUUUAAUAAAAUAUCUUGUGUCUAUUUAAACUUUAAACAGAAAAACAGAGAUUUAUGGAUGGAGAAAAGGAUGUAGCUAUUAUAUCAGAAGCUGCUAGUUCUGGUAUAUCUCUACAAAGUGACAGAAGGGCACGAAAUCAGCGCCGUAGAGUACAUAUUACUUUAGAAUUACCUUGGAGUGCUGAUAGGGCUAUUCAGCAGUUUGGUCGAUCUCAUCGUUCUAAUCAAGUUAAUGCUCCAGAAUAUAUUUUUCUUAUAUCAGAUUUAGCUGGAGAAAGGCGAUUUGCAUCCAUUGUAGCUAAAAGAUUGGAAAGUCUUGUAAGUUUUAAAUAUUUACUUAGUCUGUGCUCCUAUUAAACAAUAAUUUCUUUGUAUACUUAUUAAAUUACUUAAUUUGUAGGGUGCACUUACUCAUGGUGAUAGAAGAGCCACAGAAACUCGAGAUUUAUCAAAAUUCAAUAUUGAUAAUAAGUAUGGCCGUGCUGCUCUAGAAACAACAAUGAAGACUAUUAUUGGUUAUGAUCAUCCUACAGUACCACCUCCAGAAGAUUAUAAAGGAAACUUCUUUGAAGGUAAUUUUUUAUAUUUUAUUUAUUUUUAAUAAAUAAUCACCAUACAGGUUUAAUUUAUAAAAGUAUUCAAAUACUAUAUAUACGUUAUUAACAUAAAAUAACAAUUGUAUCAGAAAUUAUUUUAAUUCAUCAGAGACGUAGAUUUUCUUAGAGGCUUGGCCUCUAGGUAGUUAUUUUUACCAUUGGUAUGUUUAGCUUCCACACUCUUGUAUGUGAUAUAAGUAUUCAAAAUCCAACUCUAGACUGCUCAUGGUCCUUUUCAUACAUUAUAGUUCAAACCUCAAAAUUAAUAAAUACAUUUAUUAAGUACAAAUAUGUGUUUGAAAAAUGUUAUCACUUAAGAUACUUAAUACUAAAACUACUAAUACUACUAAAUAUUGAUUAUGCCAAUGAAUAUAAAUUUGGUACAUUUAACAGACUUGAUAUUUAGUUCAUUUUUUAAGUAUUAAAGUAUAAUUUAUUACUCUGAUAAUUUUAACAAUUAAAAGCUCAAAAAUAUUGAUGACUGAAUUAGUUAAAAAAAAUGUUCUGCAGAUUUGGUUUUAGUAUUCUUAUGUCUAUUGGAUGAAGAACUUUUAGGAACAAGUUUGACGAUAACAGAAUUUCUUGCUUGUCCUAUAUCUUAAAUUGUGGUUGUUACUAAGGGUAUUAUUAAGGUUAUAUUUACUAGAUAUUAUGUCCUGUGUUAAAACUUUGAUUAGUCAAUUUUAUUAAUCAUUUGAGCAAGUUAAUAGAAAAACAUAAUUUGAAUUUUAAAUAUUUUAUUAUUAGAGCUAUUUUGUACUUUUAUAGAAAAUUAAAAGACAGUUUUAAAAGUUACCUCUCAUAAUAAUUAUUCUGGACACUAUCUUAGAAGAUAUUAUCUAAGACCAUGGUUCUGGAGUAUCUUGUUAGUAAAGUUCUAUGAAUUGCACAUUAUCAUAAGUAAUAUUAUGUUAUUUAACUAAAAUAUAAUAAAUUUAAAUUUAAUUAAAUGUUUUAGAUGUUGGUGGCGCUCUUGUAGGUGUUGGUAUGAUAAUUAAUAAUGAAGCUAGUCCUGGUAACCUCACCUUAGACAAGGAUUACAACAACAUAAGCAAGUUCCUAAAUCGUAUCCUUGGUAUGCCAGUUGAUCUUCAAAACCGACUAUUUCAAUAUUUCACCGAUGUACUACAUCAUAUUAUUACACAAGCAAAGAAAUCCGGUCGCUUUGAUUUAGGAAUUAUGGGUAAAUACUUAAUUUUAUAAUUGUUAAAUUAAUUACUUUACAGUCAUAAAUUAUAAUAUUUUUCUUUGUUUAGAUUUGGGUACAGCUGGUGAAAAUGUAAAAAGGGUAAAAUUGUAUACGUUCCUUAGAAAACAUGCAACUGGUCAAGCAACAACUGAACUUCAUAUUGUACAUGUUGAAAGAGGUAUGAGCUGGGACGAAGCUGUAGAAAGGUCAGCUGAAGUCAAAUCAACUAAUGAAGGAUUUUAUUUAUCGCAUCAAGUACAAAUUUAUUUUUAUUUUAUUUUAUUAAUUACAUUUUAUUCUUAUAAAGUAAAUAUAUUUUAUAAGUGUUAAGAGUAGCUUGUGCUUUAAUUUAUUGUUUAUAUUACUAUUAUUUUUAGAUAAGAAACAAUAAAAGUACAGCAAUACUUGCUUUAAUGGCUGAUAAUAAUGCAAAUAAAAAAGGUGAAACCACAAAAUCAACAUCCAAAAAAGACAUUAUGUUUACCAUAUUCCGUCCAAAUACUGGUUUACAGGUUAGAUUACUUCAUAUUUGAAUGUAUUAUUAUUAUAAUACCUAAAAUGGCUUAAUUUUUAUAUCAAUUGUUUAACUUUAUGUGCAUGAUGAAUUCUUUAGUUAAGACAAGAAUCAUUGAGUGAACUUGAAAAAAAAUAUUAUAAAGUGGAGACAGAUAAAGCAGAAAAACAUUGGAAUGAACAGUAUGGUUCUUCUGAAACUGUUUGCUCACAUGCCUAUUGGUAACAGAUACAUUUAAGAAUCACAAAUAUUUCAAUUGAAUUGGCAAUUUUAAAAAUACAUUUUUUUUUGUUUAGGCGUGGAAACUGUAAACUUGUUACAGUCGGUCAAGACUGUGAAGUAGGAUUGAGGCGCCGUACAUAUAAUGUUUUAUCUGGAUCAGUGUUAAGUGUGUGGAGUAGAAUUGAAAAUGUGUUAUUAGCUCGUACAGGUUCACAUCAUAAGAUGCAAGUGGUUAGACUAAAGACUGCUGAAGGAAUAAAAAUUGUUGGUUAGUUAUAUUGAUUUGAUUUGACUUUAUAAUUUUAAAAUCUUUAUGAUACAUAAAUUAAUUGUUAUAUUUAGGUACAUUAAUACCAAAAUCUUGUGUUGAAGCAUUGAAACAAGAUCUAGGUUCAGAUGCUGAGAAGACAGAAGAAUUAGUUUCUAAUUUAUAA